CAUGUUUACAUGGAGAGCCUCCAAAAAGUCAGUGUCAAUUAAGAUGGCGCUGGACAUAAAAAGGAUGGUGAUGAAGAACAUGUUUUUUGUUUGUGUGUCACUUCUGGCGCUCAGUGUUGAAGUUUACUGUCAGUCACAGUUUCUUCGCUGGUGUGUGGCAGAGAACGGCAUCUGCCAUCGUGACAGAGAAUGCUGCGAUAAAAUGACUUGUAGUGACCAUUUUGGCGUCGGUAAGUGUAUACCACUGACAUCGUCAGCCCCAGUUCCCUCAACAUGGCCCCAGACAGGCUUUCAGACUUGGCCUCAGACAUGGCCCUGCACGCACACCUGGCUACCUCUGUACCCUCCUUGGUGCGUGCCGAUCAAGAAAAAGAAGAAGAAAAAGAAGAAGAAAACCAAGAUUUUCAUUAGAGUUUGUGGGGAUCUCAUGGGAAUGGAUGUUAAGGCCAAAAAAAAGGACAUUUUAUUAAAACGAAUGACAUGCAAAGAGAUGAAAAAAACGUUUAAAACAUGGAGAAAAUGAAGGAAAAGUAACUUCCAAUCAAAUUUUUUGAAAACCAAAGACAGCCAAUCGUUUCACCUAAUAACGUCAGGCUCGAUCCACAGUUUUCUCGCCUUCAUGCAGUGCAAACUAGAGCGGUGAACGCCAUUGAUUUUGCAUUUCGUUAAGAAAAGGAGACGAAGUGCAAUAGAAUGCUCAAUAGCUGUCGUUACUUUGUAUGGGAACAUAACUAAGACGAGAUCAGUGGUGAAAAGCCGUUUGAUACCAAUGAGAAUAAAAGUUAAGACGUUGAUGAGAUCACGGUAGCAGCACCAGCUAUUCAUUAUUUACGGUUUGGUUGAUAAUUCUUCUUUGAUGGGAAUCGGAGAAAAACAAAUGAGAAAGUGUGUCAUAUACAGUAGAAUUAAUAAGUAAGUAAAAAGAAAACGAU